AGACGUUGAGGGCGGAGCCGCGCUGUGCGCGGUGACUGGCGGCGGCACUGGCGGCACCUGGAGACGUAAUAGUGCGGGGUUUAGGCUUGGAGAAGUUCCGAGGCGGCAGAGGCGCCGGCGACGGCUUCGACAGCGGGAGCGGGCCGGGGCUUGGCGCUCACCAUGCCGACGGUGGAGGAGCUUUACCGCAACUACGGCAUCCUGGCCGACGCCACGGAGCAAGUGAGCCAGCAUAAAGAUGCCUAUCAAGUGAUACUGGAUGGUGUCAAAGGCGGUACCAAGGAAAAACGAUUAGCAGCUCAGUUUAUUCCGAAAUUCUUCAAGCAUUUUCCUGAACUGGCGGAUUCUGCUAUCAAUGCACAGUUAGACCUCUGUGAAGAUGAAGAUGUAUCAAUUCGACGCCAAGCAAUUAAAGAGCUGCCUCAGUUUGCCACUGGAGAAAAUCUCCCCCGAGUGGCAGAUAUACUAACCCAACUUUUGCAGACAGAUGACUCUGCAGAAUUUAACUUAGUCAACAAUGCCCUGUUAAGUAUAUUUAAGAUGGAUGCAAAAGGAACUUUAGGCGGCUUAUUUAGCCAGAUACUUCAAGGAGAGGAUAUUGUUAGAGAACGAGCAAUUAAAUUCCUUUCUACAAAACUUAAGACUUUACCAGAUGAAGUCUUAACAAAGGAAGUAGAAGAAUUUAUACUAACGGAAUCCAAAAAGGUCCUAGAAGAUGUGACUGGUGAAGAAUUUGUUUUGUUCAUGAAGAUACUGUCUGGGUUAAAAAGCUUACAGACAGUGAGUGGGAGACAGCAGCUGGUAGAGCUGGUGGCCGAGCAGGCCGACCUGGAGCAGACCUUCAACCCUUCGGACCCGGACUGUGUGGACAGGCUCCUACAGUGCACUCGGCAGGCAGUGCCCCUCUUCUCUAAAAAUGUCCAUUCCACAAGAUUUGUGACUUAUUUCUGUGAGCAAGUUCUGCCUAAUCUCAGUACCUUGACUACCCCAGUGGAGGGUCUUGAUAUACAGUUGGAGGUGUUAAAAUUGUUGGCAGAAAUGAGUUCAUUUUGUGGUGACAUGGAGAAACUAGAAACAAAUUUAAGAAAACUAUUCGAUAAAUUAUUGGAGUACAUGCCUCUUCCACCAGAAGAAGCAGAAAAUGGCGAGAAUGCUGGGAACGAAGAACCCAAGUUGCAGUUCAGCUAUGUGGAAUGUUUGUUGUACAGUUUUCAUCAGUUGGGCCGAAAACUCCCAGAUUUCUUAACAGCCAAACUGAAUGCAGAAAAGCUCAAAGAUUUUAAAAUCAGGCUGCAGUACUUCGCCCGGGGCUUGCAGGUUUAUAUCCGACAACUUCGCUUGGCUCUCCAGGGUAAAACCGGCGAGGCAUUAAAAACAGAAGAGAACAAGAUUAAAGUUGUUGCAUUGAAAAUAACAAACAACAUCAAUGUUUUAAUCAAGGAUCUCUUCCACAUUCCUCCUUCUUAUAAGAGCACAGUAACAUUAUCUUGGAAACCAGUACAGAAGGUUGAGAUUGGGCAAAAAAGAACCAAUGAAGAUACAACUUCAGGUUCACCACCUAAGAAAUCUCCAGCAGGACCAAAAAGGGAUGCCAGACAGAUUUAUAAUCCCCCCAGUGGAAAAUACAGCAGCAACUUGGGCAACUUUAAUUAUGAGCAGAGAGGAGCCUUCAGGGGAAGUAGAGGUGGCCGAGGUUGGGGAGCCCGAGGAAAUCGCAGUCGCGGAAGACUCUACUGAAUAAGACAUCACAUUCUCCAAGCAUUGUCAUGAGCUUAAUAAAUGUAAACUCUACUACUCAUUGGAUUGCCGGGGAUGUCCCUUUAAAAGGACUGCUGCCUUCAGUUAAAAAUUUAAUGUUCUUUAUACCUUUGUAUGUAUGAUCUACUUUUGUAACAGACCAUGGUGUCUCCAAGGUAAAACCACAAUAUUUUUGGAUGCUUUGUCCCAAUCUUGUUUUUGCAAUAUCAUCAUUCAGAUUUCAUAUUGUUUACUUUUAAAACAUCUUAAUAAUUUGUUAUUAAGAGUAGUUUGAAUUUAAAAAGUAAGGAAAUUCAGUCUUGUUCUGAUAAUCAGUUUUGAAAGGUAACUAAUUUUCUUCUCCUGUCUUACCUUUUUUUACCAAAUAUAUGAAGAAGAGUAAUAGUCUCAACAUUUUAUUUUCCUUGUUAUUUUAAUAAAGCUGCUAGGCACUUGUGCAGCAUUCUCUCUUAGGGAAAUGCCAGCUUUCUUAAAAUGUAGAAGUGACAGUACAUUUUUAGGAGGAAGUAAAUUGUUUUGCACUGCUUCCUUUACUCUUCUGCAUAUAUUGGGAUACAGCUUUUAAAUACGGGAAUCUUACUAUUUGAAUAGAAAUGUGUAUGUAUAAUAAGCAUGUAUCUGUAUGUAUGUGUGUGUGUAUACAUACAUAUAUAUGUGCAUGCUGUGAAAGGAGUACACAACAAAUCAAUAUUUUAAAUUCCAGGGAUGAGUAGUCUUUGACAUGGUGAUUAUCCUUUUGAGGCUGAGUCCAUUACUGACUUCUCUAGGUUUUUGUUCCCCAUAGAGAGGAAUUUUGAGUCAGUUGCACUUACAUGAUUAUUGUUAUUUAAAACUAAAACAACGGCUGUAUUUUCAGAGAUAAAUUUGGGGAUCCCUGUUAGUAAAAUACAGCCAAAUCUGAUGUAUAUAUAGGUUUCUACAGGAUGAAUAGUAUAAUUUAGGAUUUAAAGAUCUAAUAACCAGGGCUACCCAGGAAAAGUGACUUGAUAACAUAGUACAAGUGAGGGAGGCUCUCCGUUUGCUUUUGCCACUUUUAAGACUUUAACUUCUCAGGUUAUUAACCAAAUUAUUGUAUAAGUUAGCAAAUAGAAUCCUUAGAUUAAAACAACAGAUGGGAGGUUUGUGGAGUGUCUAAUGUCAUAGACCCAUUGCUCUGCAUUUGAUUAUUUCAUUUAUUUUUGUUCCAUAGUUAACCUUCUCUCCCAAAUUUGCUAUUAAAAUCAGAUGCCCAAAUGACAUUUCUAGUAGUUUGAUGUAUUUUUUGAGGAAUAGUUUGUGAUUACAAUGCAGGUGUCUUCAUUACCAUUACUUAUACACUGGGAGUAAACAAAACCCCUUUGUUAGAAUUACUGCACAUGUCUAUAGGGAAGAUACUUCUUAAAGGCUGGAAUGAUACAAGUGAGCCUAAGAAAUUGGUCAGCUUUACUAUGGAGUGAUGGCAAUAAUCUCUAUAAACAUUCCAAAAGCCUGAGCUGCACCUAGCUUCCUUGGAACCUGAACAGACAUAGGAACAUGGAAUUACAUUUGCAAACCUCUACUAUCUGGUCUGGACCUCAUAGACAGAUCAGCCAGUGACCUAAAGCCAUUUCAGAAACUAAGUUGGGGCCCCAGCUAUAUAGAUUUGAACAUUAAGUGCACUGUUUUCCUCUUUUCUAAGCAUAUUUGUAAAUUUAACACCGAACAAAAGUGACUUGACUUUCUCACGUUUGAUACUGAUCUGACACUGUUCUUUCCUUUAACACUGUUGUUCCCCUUCCUUCUCCUAAGGCAAUAGUUAGGGGGUUUUUGCUUCAAAAAUUAAAAUGAAAAACUUCACGCCAUGGAUUUUUCUUUUACAAGACACCUGUUUACCACUUUGUUUAAAUGUAAAUGUUCCCUUAUGCUUUUGAAAUAAAUUUCCUUUUGUA